GAGCGAGGCGAAACACGACACCCAGAGGACGGAGCGAGGCGAGAGGGUAGAACAGAAGAAGAAGAAGAAGAAGAAGUAGGGAGACGAAGGGAGGGGGCGGGACGGAGGAGGAAGAAGAAAAAGAGUGCCGGUAGUAACGUGAGCGCCAGAAAAGCGGGCGGGCGGGCGAGCAAAAAAAAAAAAAGUCCAACAAGAGCGACGUCCAAACACGGAGAAGUCACGUCAAAGCUCGAGACUUGUAGAAAGGCGACGAAGAUGCGGCCGAGUCGGAGUAAGCACUCGCCGCAGAGUUCGCGCAACAAGUUCCUGGAAGAGUGAAAGCGCUUUCCGAUCGCCUCGACCGCCCUUUUCUCCCCCCCCCCCCACCCACCUCCUCCCCGUGGUCGUCUUUCAGAACAACUUUGAGAACCACCAUUAAUACCGGAUCCUAGCCGCUCAACUCAGCCGGGAGCGAGCCACCUCGGUCGGACUCGGAGAGAGGCGAAGUUCCUCCACCCCAACGAAGAGGGGCGGGAAAGAGACCGAGAGUUGCACUCCAGUCGACGGAGUUUCGACAACUUUUACGGACAAAAAUGAAGACCCCCGGAGACAACGGUUUUGCUUUUCCUGACUGGGCCUACAAGCCAGAGUCGAGUCCUGGGUCAAGGCAGAUCCAGCUGUGGCACUUCAUCCUGGAGCUGCUGAGGAAAGAGGAGUACCAUGACGUCAUUGCCUGGCAGGGUGACUAUGGCGAGUUUGUCAUCAAGGACCCGGAUGAGGUGGCCCGGCUCUGGGGUGCCAGGAAGUGUAAACCCCAAAUGAACUACGAUAAACUGAGCAGGGCAUUGAGAUACUACUACAACAAGAGGAUCCUUCACAAGACCAAAGGCAAGCGGUUCACCUACAAAUUCAACUUCAAUAAACUGGUGUUGGUCAACUACCCCUUCAUUGACAUGGGCUCCACCGGAAAUGGUGUCCCUCAGAGCGCCCCACCCGUCCCCUCCAGCGCAGGGACUCACUUCCGGUUCCCUCCCUCAACGCCCUCGGAAGUCCUCUCCCCGAACGAAGACCUGCGCAGCCCCGGAGGCCUGUAUAGCUCAGUGGCACGCCGCAUGGCCCGCGGCUCCGUGAGCGACUGCAGCGAUGGCACAUCUGUCAAUUCCGAGAUAGAGGACGGCAAUCCGGGCGGCGGGGAGGAGAGGGCAGAGAGGUGCGUGGGUGGAGGAGGAGGACCCGGAGGAGGAGGAGGGGGCUACAGAGGCAUCAUCCACCCCCGGUUGUCUCACGAGUCCCUGUUCCGCAUUUACGGGGGAGGUGGCAACCCCAACGCCCAUCCGGGCUCCCGUGGACCUGUCGGCCACCGUAUCCACCCAGAACCUUUGUCCCCCUUCCCCGUGUCCCCACUGCCUGGACCGGGUGGAGCGGGCCUCCUUGCCCCACCUCUAUCCCCAGCUCUCAGCUUGACCCCCGCAUCACACCUCCCUUACACUCCCUCACCCACUCUGUCGCCCAUGGUGGGCUCCCACUUCUCCUUUAACCCAGAGGACAUGAAGCGCUACCUACAAGCGCACACCCAGUCAGUGUACAACUACGGGCUCAGCCCCCGCGCUUUCCUGCAGUACCCUAACAUCGUCAUCCCGCAGCCUCACCGUCCCGCCGCCGCCGACAAGGUAGGCCUGGGCGGCGAUCGAGGCGCGGCAGAGCGAGCCGAAAGAGAACGAGGUGGCGAGCGGCACCAUCACACGCCACUGUCUCACUCGGCCCACCACCACCACCCACACCCACCUCACUCGGCCCACCCCCACCCCCAAUCCCACCCGAUGCACCACACUCUUCACCUGGGCGAGGAGCCCCCUCACAUGUCCCCCUUCAAGUUUAAGCUGCAGCCGCCGCCACUGGGCCGCAAGCAGAGGGAUGGGCAGAGCCAGAGCAAAGCACGGCAGAGCUCGCUCUCUUCCGGGUCCGGGUCCAUGUCGUCCACUUCGGGCCUGGGCUCCUCGCUGUCGUUUGGUAGCGACCUGAGCUCGGCCAGUGGCUCGGGCCUCAUCUCUGCAUCGUCCUCCACGCAGUCCCUCAACAGUGCAGGACUUCCCAAAAUCAAGGUGGAGCCCAUCUCAGACAUCGAAUCCGAAGAAGAGGUUGAGGUGACUGACAUUAGUGACGAAGACCCCGAUGAGCGAGAUGAAGACUUUGAGCUUUUUGCGCAUCGCCUGUCCAGAGCUCCAAACCACCACCGCCACCUCCACCACCACCACCUCUCGUCCAACGGCUCGGCACCCCACCCGUCACUUGUGGACGAAGACCUGGAUGAAGACGUGUUCAAAGCACCCGCCCCACCUCCUUCCGGCCUCACGCCCUUCUUGGCUUUGCAACACGGCUACUCCGGCGCGCACCGUGGGCCCCCCGCCCUCAAGACUGAGCCCGGCGAGCCGCCCGACUCGAGCCCUCCCCCGAAUCCGCCUCCGCAAACCAAGUGCAUCCCCCUCAAGCUGCGCUUCAAGCGGCGCUGGAGCGAAGACCAACGCAUGGAAGCCUCACAGGAGGAGUCCGACGACAAGAAAGUCCGGCCGCAGGAGCAGCGGGACCGCCAGAGCAACGGGCGUAUGGAGACGGAGGAGGACGAGCCUGGCGAUGUGGACAGCCCCCCUCUGUCAGCUUACCAGAGUUCCGUAGCCCCGCCCUUACCCGCACAUCGGCGGGCGAGUGCUGAGCUACAUCGUGCUGCGGCGCAGCUGUCUCUGGAGAACAAAGACUGCUGAUGGGAUUUCACGCUGGAGAUGUGAAAACGGUUCCUCUGUAUUUUCCAAAGCCUCUCCGCCUGGCCCGCUUCAACAAACAUCUCAACGACCGCCUUACUAUUACGACUCUUGACAGAUCUCACCCCCCCCCCCCAAACAAGUUCUCUAUCAGGAUUCUUCUGGGACGCAUUAUUUGUGUAGGAGGUACACUUUGAUCCAGCUAUCGCAGAAACUCUUACUGUAAAGCCACAUUUCCACCAGGAAGUACGAUUUGUUUAGCACGGUACAGUAAAACGGUGGUAGAUGGGACGGCCUACCGAAAUAACUUACCAUAAAUUAGGUCGACAUGAUUAGGGCCAAAAUAACAAUCACAAUUAUUUGGAUCAAUAUGUUAAUCACAGGUGGCACGGUGGAUCAGCUGGUAAAGCGUUUGCCGUUUCUGAAGUCCCGGGCUCGAUCCCGGACCCGCCUGUGUGGAGUUUGCAUGUUCCCCCCGUCCCUGCAUGGGUUUCCUGCGGGUACUCAGGUUUCCUCCCACAUCCCAAAAACAUGCAACGUUAAUUGGAGGCUCUAAAUUGCCCCUAUGUGUGAUUGUGAGCGGGGCUGUUUGUCUCAAUGUGCAGUGCGAUUGGCUGGCAACCAGUUCAGGGUGUACCCUGCCUCCUGCCCGUUGACAGCUGGGAUAGGCUCCAGCACUCCUCCCGACCCUCGUGAGGAUAAGCGGCAAAGGAAAUGGAUGGAUGGAUGUUAAUCACAAUUAUUCCCAUGUUAAGGGAAAAACGAAAUUUUUAUUGCAUUACUUUUCAACAAACAAUUUGUCAACAGUUACAGUACAAAAUGAAUAUUUAAAUAAAAAUAAAAGAUGGGUUUUUUUUUUUUUUUUUUAGAAAUUCAAAUUGAAUUGCGACAUAAUAGAAGCAAAUGCAGUUAAAAGGCAAACAAGUUUGGUUCCAAGCAGCAACUUUUCCUUUGCAAAUCCCCGUCAAGGACUGGUUUGGCUCCUUUUGUUGUGCUCACCAGUCCCGGUCACAAACAGCAAGGAAGUCAACGGUUGUGGUUUGCGUCUCGUGAAUUUCAAUGCGGUCGAGUCAGCCUCCGGUUGAACUCUUGAUUGUUAAUAGUUUACAUUAUGUAACACACAUCCACUGUGUUUCCAAGUCCAACUUCAAAAUGAAAGCUUCACAUAUGAAUAUUCAUGACUCUCAGAAGGAAUUUUUUCCAUUCUGUUCUAUUUCUAUUCUAUUGUUUUUUGUUUGUUCUUCUUCUCAGUACUCAAGAUGAAUGCGGUACCAGGGCGGCACCGACUGCCAAAGACAAAUUCCUUGUGUGCCAUUAUUUCUGAUUCUGAAUACAUUGGACAUCGAUGCCAUUUUAGGCUUUUAUUUUGAAGUUGGCACUGGGGUGUUUUUGCUGGUGUGUUACCGUAAUGCUGAGAAGAUUCAUUUAAUUGAAACUUCUUCACUGCAGGCUGGCCUGACUGUAGUCAUUUUAGUAUAGUGUAUUUGAAAAGAAAUAUUGGAUUUUUUUCUGCCAUUUUUUUAAAUACCCCCCCUCCAAAUGGCUGAACAGACAAGUUGCUACUUGCUGCACUUUUAACUUAUGUCUUCUUGUUUGAAGUCUCUUGCCUUGAAUCAAAACAUGUCCAGAAAAUGGAUAUUGAUUCCUUUUUGAGUGGCUAGUACCAUUCUGUGCUGUACUUGAUUCCUUAGGCAUUAUUCACUCAUAAUUCUGCAGAGAGCUGCGUUUAGGAAGCUCAAUUAUGUUUCCGCCCCCUGGUGGUUGGCUGACUAAGUUCACACUUAAAUGAAAAAAAAAAAAAAAAAAAAACGAAUCACCCAUGACUCAUCCUGAUUUAAUUAUGGAAGCUAAAAUUGUAAUCAUGAUUAAAAUUCAAUUUAUGAUGCAGCCCUGCAGUAAACUCGAGAGAUCCUGGUUUUGAGCCCUUAUUUGGCUUUGGAUUCUCUGGGUGGUCUGGCUAAAGAUAGGCCCCUAGGUUCAUUUAAGACGCUAUAAAUUGUCAAUAUGUGUGCAUGUGAGUGUGAAUGCUUGAGUCUUUGUAUCCCCACGGUUGUACGGUUCUUCCCCAAAGUGACGAAUCGUGGUCCAAAUUUACAAACUGUACUGAGCUAAACUUAAGAUGCACUGCUUGGUGGAAACGGGGUCAUGAGGAGACUGGCAGAUCGUUCGUUACCUCUCCCAAGGCCAGUGAAGCUCUAAAGCGCAGCUCCGCCUCUUGUCACAUUUUCCUCAGGGGACCCUUUUUCCCUUAGCGCCCACCCCCCCCCCCCCCCCACUAACUACUACGACCUCUCCUAACCUACACUCUACCACAUUGUAAAUAGGCAACUAUGACAAGUGCCUGUACUUAGGAAGCCCUCAGUCACACAGGACUUGGCAGGAUGACAAGGAACGGGGGGCUGGAAGGGCAAAGGGGGUCUUUUCAGCACUGGAGGGUGUCGGUUGGGUGCUGACAUGUGACUCUUCAUCUUGAGCCACCCCACUCAGGGAAGCCUGUUGCUGUUUGGUCGUGGGGAAAGGUGGAAAACAGAAACGAAAAAAAAAACAAAACAGGGCGCUAGUUCCAGACUGACGGUCGCUUUCUGUGGACCACCUGUAUACGGUCCACUGACUGAGAAAAUGUUAAACCCGCCCCCCACCCCAGCCGAGCCUAACGUGGUUGACCGAGAACGACUUUGCUCACCACUCUUCACCAGCCUGAGAUCCUCUUAACAAUCAACACUCACAAGUGAAAGACUCAACCAGCAAACACACGCACACACUUCAACAUGCUCUCUUGGGAUUGACACUUUUUAAUGUAUUCCACCCGAGAUUUUAAAGAAUGUCACGCUUUGCCUGAUCAUCUCUUCACAACCCCACGUCACCUCGCCACUCGAGUUCCCACCCUGUGUGUGUGUUUGUGUGUCUGAGAGAGAGAGAGAGAGAGAGAGAGAGAGAGAGAGAGAGAGAGAGAGAGAGGGUGCUAUAAUCUGGUAUUGGAUUAAGUUUAUUAGUGAGGCUGUUGAUCUUUUUUUUCCCCCCUUCUUUUAGUCGUACACCUUUUCUAGUCACAGCCCUGGGCCGUCACCUCUCCUUCCUGGUCCCCGCGAGUGUGUGUGUGUGUGAGAAAGAAAAAAAACAAAA